AAAAAAGCCCAAACAACAUUCUGUCUUUUCUUCUUGCUAUCGUCUCUGCCGCUCUUUCUCACUCUCUCUCUCUGCCGUUAUCUCUCUUCGCCGCCGCCGCCGCUCCCACCUUCUCCGAUAGCCCGUGGCCACGGCCUCGCCGCCUCGGAGCUCUCCAGCAAACAGCAGUAGUUCGCGACCUCGUCUAGCAUUCCCCGUCACCUUCAACCUCGGCGCCUCCGUCCGGUGACUCCGUAGAACCAGGUUUCGACGCCAAAUUCCAAACAGCUGCUACAGGUUGAGUUUGGAUAGACAAUGCAGAGCCUGAAUGCUUUAUUUGAAAGCUCAGCAGCAAUCACGUCAGCUGCAACUUCAUUAGCUUUCUUGAAUCCUAACAAAGCUGCAGUUUACAGGAGCACUUUUGUUCCAACGAACAUCGGCAUGAAGGCGUUGAGGAACACAGCGCUUAGAGCUUCUUCGGCUCAUUGUAGAGCUUCUUUGGAAGUUCAAGAUUCGUCUCCUGGCACUGAGGUACCAGUCCAUGGGUUGUCGGAAACAGUUGUGGGCAUUCUUGGUGGAGGGCAACUUGGUCGUAUGUUAUGCGAAGCAGCUUCUCAGUUGGCAAUAAAGGUGGUCAUACUUGAUCCAAUGGAGAAUUGUCCAGCAAGUAACUUAUGCCAUUAUCAUAUGGUGGGAAGUUAUGAUGAUAGUGCUACAGUUGAAGCAUUUGCCAAGAUAUGUGGAGUGUUAACUGUUGAAAUUGAGCAUGUUGAUGCUGCAACUCUGGAGAAGCUUGAGGAACAAGGCGUUGAUUGCCAGCCUAAAGCUUCGACAAUUCGAAUCAUCCAGGAUAAGUACCUUCAGAAGGUCCAUUUUUCUGAACAUUCAAUUCCACUGCCUGAGUUCAUGCAGAUAGAUGAUCUUGAAGGCUCUAAAAGAGCGGCAGAACUAUUUGGUUAUCCUCUUAUGAUUAAGAGCAAAAGGCUGGCUUAUGAUGGACGAGGCAAUGCUGUUGCUAAAAACGAAGAUGAGAUAUCUUCGGCAGUAAAUGCCCUUGGAGGAUAUGCUCGUGGUCUAUAUGUCGAGAAAUGGGCACCAUUUGUAAAGGAGCUUUCUGUUGUUGUGGCAAGAGGGAAAGAUGGUUCUGUUCUAUGCUAUCCUGUUGUCGAAACUAUCCACAGGGAGAACAUCUGUCAUAUUGUUAAAUCACCUGCCAAUGUAUCUUGGAAGAUUCUGAAACUUGCAACAGAAGUUGCUUACAGAGCUGUGAGUUCAUUGGAAGGUGCUGGUAUUUUUGCAGUCGAGUUGUUUUUGACAGCUGAUGGUCAGAUCUUGCUGAAUGAAGUGGCUCCCAGACCUCACAAUAGUGGACAUCAUACGAUUGAGUCUUGUUUUACUUCACAAUAUGAGCAGCAUCUAAGGGCUGUUAUUGGACUUCCACUAGGUGAUCCAUCAAUGAAGGCUCCAGCCUCUAUCAUGUAUAAUAUACUUGGUGAAGAUGAGGGAGAAGCUGGUUUUCUUCUUGCUAAUCAACUUAUUGGAAAGGCCUUGAGGAUUCCCGGCGCCACAGUCCACUGGUAUGACAAACCAGAGAUGAGGAAACAAAGAAAGAUGGGCCACAUCACUCUUGUUGGCUCUUCUAUGGGCCUUCUUGAAAGACGAUUGCAAUCCAUGUUAGCAGAUGAAACAAAAGAAGACCAACCUGAAGCUACUCCUCGUGUUGGAAUUAUAAUGGGAUCUGAUUCUGACCUCCCUGUCAUGAAGGACGCUGCUAAGAUUUUAAGAGAGUUUAAUGUGCCAGCUGAGGUAAGAAUAGUCUCAGCACACCGGACCCCUGAAAUGAUGUUUUCCUAUGCUUCGUCUGCUCGCGAGCGUGGUAUCCAGGUCAUCAUUGCAGGUGCUGGAGGUGCCGCUCACUUGCCAGGCAUGGUAGCUGCUUUGACCCCCUUGCCUGUAAUUGGUGUUCCCGUCCGUGCAUCUACAUUAGAUGGACUAGACUCUCUCUUGUCCAUUGUUCAGAUGCCAAGGGGAGUCCCAGUGGCCACAGUAGCAAUAAACAAUGCAACUAAUGCUGGUUUGCUAGCAGUAAGGUUACUAGGAAUUAGUGACUUCGAUUUGCAAGCAAGGAUGGCCCAAUACCAAGAAGAUAGAAGAGAUGAAGUUUUGGUCAAGGAUGAUAAGCUGGAAAAAGGUGGCUGGGAGGCCUACCUGAAUUCAUGAGGAUCUCAACAUCGAUAUUUCCGAUUACUUUUCUUCCGAGCUAGCCUACCAAGUAGGUAGCAGCGACGUACAAUUCUUGUGAAACGAAGCCUUGCUCGAAAAUGCAGUCUCAACCAAUCCCUGUGGAUACAUGUCAACAAAUGUUUUAAGAUAAAGUAGAUUCUGUGGCUAUUUGCCUAAAGAUGCAAUGCUGUGGACAUUCAAGUGAACCUAUUUUCCAGCAAGUUUCACUUAAAGAGAUUGUAUUGUUAUGUGUGUGUGUGUGUGUGUAUUAUUAUUACAUUAUAGAUUGAAAUGUGACUAAUAAUUUGGAGUCUGUAGCCCAGAUAGGCUACUUGUGGGUUCCAUUUAUUUGUAGGGGCCGCAUUUUAUUCUGAACUACUAUUUUCUAGUUAUAACAUUGGUAUGCUUUCUUUA